AGGCCUAGAGAAGUAGCACACAUGCAAGAUCAUGUUUAUUGUUGUUAUUAUUCUUUUUUUAUUAAGAUAUCCAGGAUAAGAACCUAAAGACAGACUUGACACAAGUGUAUGACUGAAGAUAGCACAGUAUCAUUGUUAUCAUCAUAUCUAUAUUUGUACAGGUGUCAGUUUGAGCAGUGAAUGAACUGCAUGUGUGGAAAACAACAAGCCUGAGAGUGAGCAGAUGGAGAAACAGUGUACAGAGGGAACAUGUGAGGCUGGAGAUGAGGAGGAAGAUUUCCCACAUACCAUCCCAUGGCAGAAGAUUGAGGCCCAGGAGCUCGACUGUGACUAUGGCUUACUUUUUUCCAAUGAAGAAGCCAACAGGCUUUUCAUGCAGCUAGAGGAAGAGGUGGAGUACUUUACAGGUUCAGAAGCGAAGGUGCAGGUGUACGGGAAGAUGUACAGCAUUCCCCGCAAGCAGGCAACGUACGGGGACGAGGGUCUGGUCUAUUCUUUUUCUGGAGUGCAUCUAGCAGCCAGAGCCUGGACUCCCACCCUAGAGUAUAUCCGUGACACCGUCACCAAUGCCACGGGACACACCUUCAACUUUGUCCUAAUAAACAGGUAUAAAGACGGUCAGGAUCACAUCGGGGAGCACAGAGACGACGAGCGCGAGUUGGACCCUUCUUGCCCCAUUGCCGCGGUGUCUCUCGGAGCCGAACGUGACUUCCUGUUCAGGCAUCGAGACGCUCGCAAAGAGCCAAAGAAACUUCCUAUAGAGCCUGUGAAGUUGGAACUGGCCCAUGGGAGCCUUCUUCUCAUGAACUCUCCCACUAACACCUACUGGUAUCACAGCCUCCCAGUGCGGAAAAAGGUGAAGAUGCCGCGCAUCAGUCUUACAUUCCGACGCAUUAUUAAGGGUCGCCUGAAAAGGAAAAAGGAGUGACUUUGCUGUAAAAAAUGACAUUUUCUGUAAAUAUGUUCAUUUGUGGUUCAAUUUAAGAGGUCUUACAGAUAACACAUCUCAAAGUUCAGGUAGAUUACUGUCUGUUUAGCUGUUUGCAAGGUCUGGUCCUGUGGAGGACGUCCUGCGAAACACUUAUGAAUACAAACUUACAGUUUAGAUCAUAAUGACCUUUUGAAUCCAAUUAGGACUGAUGAACGUGUGUACUGCAUCGGGUCUGGGAUUUAAAAAGGACAAACAUUUCAGGAGAAAGACUGGUUUUAACUUUCAAGAUGAUUUGAAAAAGGACACAUGGGAGUCAGUGACGUGUUGGUCUCAGCUGGUCGAUAUUCAUAAUCAGGCAUUUUAUUCUUUAUUCUAAUCAGGGUCACAGAUUUAAAUGACUGUUUAUAAUUUUGGAAAUGAAGCAGUUCUUUUUUAAAAAAUAAAAUAGCACAGGUGAGAACACAUUAUGGGUAAUACACAUCCCCUCAGCCUCCAAAAAUAUAACAAGAAGAAGAUUGUUCUCAGGAAGAAAUAACACAAUAGAUCGAUUUAGUAAGAACACUAAGCAAACUCGCUCUUUAUCCCACAUGGUGCGUAAAAGCUUCCCUAAUUUUCUUUGUUUACUUCAGUGCACUGAAUUGACUGCAGAGAUGCUGUGUCUAACAGACAAAGGAGCAGAUUCAAUGUUAUUCAAAGGAAAUUUAUUUUUUAUAAAACCAAAAACUACAUGUGGAAUAAAUAAAUGAAACACAACCAUACUUCUGUACAAGACAUUUCUAAAGCAGAGUGAAAAAUAAUGGUCCCAAUGAGUACAUUUUCGCUAAAAGGUUCAUAGAUUGAACUACGAGAAGGCAAUAUUUUGGUGAAAUAUUGUGGCAAAAAAAAAGAAAGAAAAAAAUCAAGUGUAAUAACAAAAAUGUUAUCGUAUAAAUAUAUACAUAUUUUGCAAGCAGA